AUGGAUCUGUUUAAGUGUAAAUAUGUUCCUCAUGAAAAUGAAGAAGUUAUUGGAUUUUGUUUGAAUCGGGAUUGUUAAAAUACAACUCAAUAUUGUUUUGAAUGUUUAAAUACUAAAGAUUCACCACAUUCAGAACAUUUCAAUGAUUGUAUUAGAUUCACAAAAAUGAUCUAAUUUAUGAAAGAAUUGAUACAAGUGAACAAUCAAUUAAGGAUAUAAUUCAAAGAUGUCUAUAUACAAUUAUAGAACAAUGUUGCAAAAAUUUAAAAACAAUUGGAUCAAGAAAUUAGUACAUUAGAAAAUAUGACUCAACAGCUUUAAAACAAAGAGUAUUUGGCUUGUAAAUCAUAAAUACAUAUAAUAAAACAGUUUUAUUCCAAGGAAAAAGAAAACUGCAAAUGUAUCUUUGUUUAUUCAUAUAAAAUAUUAAUAGAAUAACAAAUAAUACAAUUCAAUAAUAUUAUUGAUACAUUAAAGAAGAUGUUAGCAGACUAAACUAAAAUGGAAGAAUAAAUAGAUUCUGGUUGUCAAAAGGAUACUAUAAUUAAUUAAUAGAGUGAAGAUCAAAAAAACUAGUUGAAUUUUGAAGAAGCUCAAAGAUUAUUAAAUCAAGGUAUAUUAAUUUGAUUUAUUAUAGGAGUGGCAUUAAGUAAUCUAAAAAAAUAUUAGGAAGCAAUUGAGUGUUACGAUAAAGCUAUUUCCAUAAAUCCUAAAUAUGAU